AUGUACGAUGUGGACUCGUUGGUACUUUACGACUUUGCCGGUGUGGAAAGUCAAGCCACAAUAGUCGCUUGCGGCGUUAAACUAUGGUUGGAUAAGGUUCGAUGGGGAACAUUACCAUUGGCUGGAAAAUAUGGGAUGAAGGGGAACUUCAAAAAGCACGGAGCAAUUGGUGGAGAGAACCAAACGACCCCGAUACAGAACAGCCGGACAGAUACCAUACGAUUAGCAGACCAAUAA